UAUAAACAGUGUUACGAGACAAAGAUCCAGGGUGGCUCCCUCUCUCUCCCUCUCUUUCUACAGAGGAAAUGCUGCACGGCUGCAAGGUGUCCGGUUUUUCUCGGGGGACACUUCUCCAACCGUCCUUCAAUCGCCGGAAUGUCGGUUCCCAGCCCCUAAGCCGGCGUGAUAUUCGGUUAGCACCGGCGUCUUCGUCGGCUUCCGUCGCCCAUGGACUCCCAGAUCUGGCCGUCUCUGAACCGUCCAGCGACACCAGGGAGAGUCUCGCCGAUCGGCUACGCCUCGGGAACUUGGAGGAAGACGGUUUCUCGUACAAGGAAAGGUUCAUCGUGCGGUGCUACGAGGUCGGCGUCAACAGGACGGCCACGAUCGAGACGGUCGCGAAUCUUUUGCAGGAAGUUGCAUGCAGCCAUGCACAGAGCGUUGGUUUUUCAACUGAUGGAUUUGCUACCACCAAUACAAUGAGAAAGCGAAACCUUAUAUGGGUUGCAGCUAGAAUGCAUAUUGAAGUGUACAAGUAUCCAGCUUGGGCCGAUGUGGUGGAAAUUGAGACAUGGUGCCAAGGAGAAGGAAAAAUUGGUACAAGACGUGACUGGAUCUUAAAGGACUUCGCAACAGAUACAGUUAUUGGAAGAGCUACCAGUAAAUGGGUGAUGAUGAAUGAAGUGACAAGACGUCUUGAGAGAGUUACAGAUGAUGUGCGGGAUGAACUGUCACUUUACUGUCCACAAACUCUAAGACUGGCAUUUCCUGAAGAGGACAGCUUCUGUUUGAAAAAAAUCCCGAAGCUUGAUGAUCCAGCUCAGCAUUUGCUGUCGGGACUCAUGCCUAGGCGCUCAGACUUUGACAUGAACCAGCAUGUGAACAACGUGACCUAUAUUGGUUGGCUUCUUGAGAGUAUGCCGCAAGAAGUAUUAGACAGACAUGAGCUUCAAACCAUCACUUUAGAUUACAGAAGGGAAUGCCAACGAGAUGACAAGGUUGAUUCCUUGACUAGCUUGGAGUCAGACGACACAGAAGAUAUCUCAAGCGGUGGCCAUGGCUCUGCAAAUGGGUCUGCAACUGCAGCCAAGCAGAAUGUGAACUCUUCAAGCAAAGAAGCCAUCCAAUUCUUGCAUUUCUUGAGAUUGUCUGAUAAUGGGCUCGAGAUUAACAGAGGGAGAACCGUGUGGAGGAGAAAGGUGGCAAGCUAUUAGCUCUUGAGGUUGUCUGGUACUAGUGCCUGUACGAUUAUGUAGAAAAGAUAACUUAUAAUUCUUUCUACGGCGAGGAUAGAACAGACGACAGUUCCCGACCGUUGGGUUUCAAAAAUUUCCAACUAAUCGGUUUUUUGGUUGUGUGUGUGUGUGAGGGAGAGAGAGAGCUAUUUUUGGGCAAUUGAACUAGUGUCAUUUCUUAAUUGGUUAAAUUUGGAAAUGCCACCUUGUUAAUUGUUAUUCGCAGAAGCGGAUGACCUUAAACUCUCAAUCAUUUUGCUGCUUUAUUAUCUUA